AGUCCACUGCAAUUUCUCCUGUACGUAUCUAAAGCGUCACAUCUUGUUAUUAUGGGUAAUGUAGACAGCAAAAUCCGAACGAGCUUGCUUCGAACGACAGCUUCAUAAAGUUUGAUCAACGAAUGAGAAUCACUCGCCAAUCGAGUCAUUUUCAAAUGCUGGAAGGAGCCCCAAGAGUGUGGACGUACCCGAUGAUCAGCGAUCCUGAUCAACUAGAGCAAAUUGAGAGCAGUCAAGAUACCAAACGAUACAAGACAUCACAGAAGCUUGAGAAUACAAAGUACAUUACAUGAAAAUGAAAGAAGACAAAAAAUCAUUUAUUCGGUUAGACGUGGCAGUAGCUAACUCCGACGACGGUGACUUUAACAUUCAAGCAUUCUGCGCUGAAGUGGAGACUGAGAUACAAGCAAUGCCUGCUCCCUCGUCCUUACCGAGAAUUAGAAAAGGUCAAAGAGACAAGAAACAAGUUAACCAGAAAGACAAAGAAAGCGGAGAUUGUGAUUCAACUAACAGUUCAAUGUACACUGAGCUUAGAACUACGAGCCAGCCAACAUCUUGUCCCCAGCAUUCACCUGCGAUUAAGGAAUCUGAAGAUCAGCAACUUACCCAAACAAAUGGUGAACAGAAUACAUCUCAUUCCGCAGACCCACCUAAACAUCUAAUCUCUGCAGAUGAGCCACACGGCAAGGCGCGUGACAAUAAAGUUAGGAAAAAUGUUCUUCAUCUAUUCGCUAGGAAUUCUUCUCUAAUAUGCAUUAUGUUCUGCUUGAGAUGUAAAGAGCAAAGAAAGAAGACGUGACAAUGACAAGUGACAAGUCAUGAUUGCUAGUAACAUUGCAUGCAUGAUGAACUGUAAAGCCUUUACAGAAAUAUUCUACUGUCUAAGCAAAACAACAAGUCAAUCAAUAAA